UAUACGCGAACGCGCUUGUCGCUCCACGACGUCCUUUGUUGAAAUUGAUUAUCGCGAACCGUCCUUAUCACGAUCAUCUGUGUUGAGUGUAUGAUUGUUCCGUAUUCAAGAUAUUUCAUUUAGAAAUUAUCCAAGCUUCCUUUCUUGGACUGGCUAUAAAAUUGUACCUGCUGUGUGUUUUGGCACUAACUUAAUCAGUUAUUUAAUUUAAUAGAAACCUUAUAUAAGACGAUACCAGUCGUAAACUGUCUUUCUCGGAGGAUUAGUGAUAUAAGAAAUAAAAUAAAAUACCCCAAGUUAUAAGAGUGUAAUGACAUGAAGUAUCACGAGGUCAUGGCGAAUGGAACACCGGAUUUGUUCCAUAACUCGGUCGUUACAAAUGGAUCAUCUUAUGGCAAAGGAGACAGAUACACUGCGGCACCUAAUGAAAUAUUCGUGAACAGAUCGCUUCACUUAGAAAAUGUUAAGUUUUACGGAUUUGAUAUGGACUACACACUGGCGGAAUACAAAUCACCUCAGUAUGAAACCUUAGGAUUUAACUUGACCAAAGAAAGACUAGUACAUAAGGGAUAUCCACAGGAAAUAUUAGAAUUCGAAUAUGAUCCUUCAUUUCCCGUUAGAGGUCUUUGGUUUGACACAUUAUAUGGAAACUUAUUAAAAGUAGACGCUUAUGGCAACAUUCUAGUCUGUGUACAUGGAUUCGACUUUUUAAAACACUCACAAGUAUAUGAAUUGUAUCCAAACAAAUUCUUAACUCUCGACGAGUCCAGAGUAUAUGUAUUGAAUACGUUAUUCAAUUUGCCUGAGACUUACCUCAUAGCGUGCCUCAUAGAUUUCUUUACAAAUUCGCCACAGUACACGAGAGAAAAGACCGGUGUGAGAUGCGGAGAUUUAGCGAUGUCUUUCAAAUCUAUCUUCCAAGACGUAAGAAACGCGGUCGACUAUGUCCACAUACACGGAGAUUUGAAGAAGAAAACAACAGAGAACUUAGAUUUGUACCUGAAAAAGGAUGACAGGUUGCCAAUGUUUCUAUCGAGGAUACGGGAAAGUGGGGCAAAGUUGUUUAUCCUGACAAACAGUGACUACAACUUUACAGAUAAAAUUAUGAAUUAUCUCUUCGAUUUUCCGUAUGGCUCAAAGCCCGGAGAACCUCACAGAAAUUGGAAGACUUACUUCGACUGGAUCGUAGUAGACGCAAAGAAGCCGUUGUUCUUUGGAGAGGGAACGACGCUACGUCAAGUGGACACUCGCACGGGUGCAUUAAAAAUGGGUCAUCAUGUCGGACCUUUGCACGAAGGGCUGGUUUAUUCGGGAGGUUCAUGUGACGUUUUCACCGAGUUAAUAAGCGCAAAAGGGAAGGACGUACUCUACAUCGGUGACCACAUUUUCGGCGACAUUCUCAAAUCGAAGAAGAUCGGUGGAUGGCGCACCUUCCUCAUAGUCCCCGAGUUGGUCCAGGAGUUGCAUGUCUGGACUGACAAAUGUCAGUUGUUCGCGCAGCUGCAGAACCUAGACAUACAACUCGGUGAUAUGUACAAGGAUCUGGAUUCCAGCACAAAGGAAAAGCCUGAUAUAUCGAAGCUGCGCAUGUCUAUUCGCGAUGUGACUCAUAAAAUGGACCUCGCGUACGGUAUGCUGGGCUCACUGUUCCGAUCAGGCUCGAGGCAGACCUUCUUUUCUUCUCAGGUGGUAAGGUACGCGGAUCUGUACGCAGCGUCGUUCCUCAACCUGAUGUACUACCCGUUCUGCUACAUGUUCCGCGCACCCGCCAUGCUAAUGCCGCACGAGUCCACGGUCGCACACGAGCAGCGGUUUACCGUCGACACGCCUACUAUUGACCGAUCCAGACACCCGAGCAGCCAGCGAAUGUACAUCGAUCGUUCGUUCGCAACCGUUGGUGUGGUAGAGGAGUCCAAUGAAGUCGUCGCCGCGCCCGAUAAUACAGAUGGAAAGCAGAGCGCUGCAGCGGGCGCGUCGGUGCCGCACGCGCGCCCGGAGACGCCGCAACGCCUCACGCACACACACGACGAGGACUGCUCCGAUGACGAGGACGUUUCAAAGGCACACAAAUAACACACAGGGUCCGUCAGACUGUAUCAUGAUCUAGCAUGAUCUGUAUGUAUGGUCAAUUAUUUGUUCUUAUAUUGUACGUUACUGAGAUAGUUUUAAGAAAUGUAUCUACAAAAGUUAAAUUGUCGUUGAAUCGUGGGAAAUAAUUAAAUUAUCAGUUAACAACGUCUUGCUAAUAUAACAAAGAUUGUGUUUUCGAGAAAUGUUGUUUCUAGAAUUACUAAAAAAUUUGAAAAUUCACUAUGAAAAUUUUCUCGUUAAAUUUAUAAUAUCUGGUAACUAGAUUAAUGAUUGGUGACCACUGUGCUCUAACUAAAUAUCGCUCCGUCUAAGAACAAUAGCAAAUGGGGUGACUUAAUAUCGAUUCUAUUCUUCCUUAGAACAAUCGUUUCAAGGACAUAAUUUUUACCCGUUGUUUAGGAUAUUUACUUCUAGUACUUCUUCUUUAAAUGCCUCUCCACUACUACACCAUAAGGAAAUAAAAAGCUUAUAAAUAUUAUAAGAUCGCUGGGAAAAAAGUCUUUACGUAGAUAUACAUACAAUGUUGUCUCACAUACGCCGACUUCGGCGUAGUUUUACUGCUUAUAUGCCGGCGGGUACCUAGUUUGAGCGUACGAUGGACCAAUCAUCAAUUGAAAUCAAAGAAUUGGUGCAUAUUUCUAUGAAUUGCAUCAAAUAUUAAGCUAUAUUUUCGAUAUGUAUUUUCACUAUCAGAAUAAAAAUUACGUUGGGUUUUAAACUAUUAAUCAUCUUGGAUUUGGAUGUGUUAUUCGAGCUAAUUUUGUUUGUUUAAGUUUGUUUUUUUAAGUGCCGAUAUCAAGAACCUGGUGGAUCUUGCGAUAUAUUUUCGCUAUAAGUCGCCCGUUUACUGAGGAAGAUUAUAGGGCGAAUAACUGGCGUUACAAUGACCUACUUCUUCUUCCAGCAUAAUUUUUUUUUUAUGCCGGACACCCACUCGAUACUAAUCAACGAUGGGCGUAAAAAAAGCAUUCGUUUAAAGCUGUCAAACUAAUACAAACCCACACUUGCCCUUCUGGGCAAUCAUUUCAUAUUAUAUUCUAAACGUAAUACAAUUUCAGACGUAAAAAUUUACAGCUCAACUGAAGAGCUGGUAAAAUAUACGUCAGAAAAUGCAUUUCUUGCGCUGUUUAAGAUUUCGAUGGCAGAGAUAUAGGGCCCUGAAAAACACUAAACCUCGUUAAUUCGCGGUGGCGUUGCGUGUUAUAAGGGGUAUUGCAUUGACUAAAUAAUGAUACGUGAUAUAUACGUCAAGGAUGUGUGUUGUGGAAUUCUCAAUGAUAUAACUGAAACUAAAUGAAUUGUAGUCGUUUUGAGGCUGGUCAAAAACGUGAUAAUAUUUAGUAAUUUUAUUGUGAUUGUUAUUCUAUGCAUAGGUUCAUAUUAUAUUUCUUUGUUAAUUUUACAUUUACAGGACACAGUGGCAAAGACGGAAUGGCAUAAAAUAAAAUCUUGUGUAAUCCAAUUUAAAAUAAAAACUCCAUCAAAAACCUAUAAGCAAUGUGCCUGGUGCAAUUUUUUAAGGCUUUUCCAGUCGACUAAAAAAACACACACCUUUGGAUUACAUAAACUAAAAAAAUCGACCUUAAGUGUCAUUCCUUGAUUUUCCCUGUACCCUUUAUUUAAUGAAUAUGUAUAUAAUUAUAAUUAAUAUAACGUUUAUAAUUUG